AUGGUCCAUUUAGAAAAUGAUGAUAGCUAUAAAAGAUGGCUACUGAUGGAUGUAGAUGGUUACAUGGAAUGUAAAACGGCUUGCCGGUCAGGAUUCUAUAAAGCAUUUGCUGGAAAUAUAAAGUGUUCCAAGUGUCCUCCACACAGCCAAACCUUCGUGGAAGCAACAUCUGUAUGCCAGUGUGAAAAAGGUUACUUCCGAGCUGAUAAAGAUCCACCAACUAUGGCAUGUACCCGACCACCUUCUGCUCCAAGGAAUGUCAUCUUUAAUAUAAAUGAAACAGCUCUUAUGUUGGAAUGGAGUCCACCAAGUGACACAGGAGGGAGAAAAGACCUUACCUAUAAUGUCAUUUGUAAAAAAUGUGGAUCUGAUACCAGGCGGUGUGAGAUAUGUGGAGGAGGAAUCCGAUUUGUUCCAAGACAUAGUGGGCUUAUAAAUUCUUCAGUGACUGUGUUUGAUUUUGUGUCCCAUGCGAACUACACUUUUGAAAUAGAAGCCAUGAAUGGUGUGUCUGAAUUAAGCUUUUCACCAAAACAGUUCACAGCCAUCACAAUUACCACAGAUCAAAAUGCACCCUCCUUGAUAGGUAUGGUCAGGAAGGACUGGGCUUCUCAAAACAGCAUUGCCCUCUCAUGGCAAGAGCCUGCUUUUCCUAAUGGAGCCAUUCUGGACUACGAGAUCAAGUACUAUGAGAAAGAGAAUGAACAGCUCAGCUAUUCUUCCACAAGGUCAAAGGCUCCAAGUGUCAUUGUCACAGGUCUCAAACCAGCCACCAAGUACAUAUUUCAUAUCAGACUCAGGACUGCAACAGGAUACAGUGGCUAUAGUCAGAAGUUUGAAUUUGAAACUGGAGAUGAAACUUCAGAUAUAGCAGCAGAACAAGGGCAGAUUCUGGUCAUUGCCACAGCUGCUGUGGGUGGAUUCACUCUUCUAGUCAUUCUCACUCUUUUCUUCCUCAUUACUGGAAGAUGCCAGUGGUAUAUCAAGGCAAAAAUGAAGUCUGAAGAAAAACGAAGAAAUAAUUUGCAAAAUGGAAAUUUGCUGUUUCUUGUCUCUUCUAACAGUGAAUUGAAGUUCUUUGUCAUGGUCCUGACAGGACCAUUCCCGGCCAUUGGGUUCCAGUCUCUUUGCCCAAGAUUCCUGAGGGAAGGAUUCUUAAAUAACAUUGCAGCCCCACAUCCUUUGUCAGGGGGAGGAUCUUUACCCUCCAGGAUUUUCUCCGGUAGACCACUAAUGAUAGUGGUUGAAUACAUGGAGAAUGGAUCCCUUGACUCCUUUCUACGGAAACACGAUGGCCACUUCACAGUCAUCCAGCUUGUUGGGAUGCUUCGUGGAAUUGCUUCCGGCAUGAAAUAUCUCUCAGAUAUGGGUUAUGUACAUCGGGACUUGGCAGCUCGGAAUAUUUUGGUCAACAGUAAUCUUAUGUGCAAAGUCUCUGAUUUUGGAUUAUCACGGGUACUAGAGGAUGAUCCUGAGGCAGCUUAUACAACAACUGGUGGAAAAAUACCAAUAAGAUGGACUGCUCCUGAAGCUAUAGCCUACAGGAAAUUUUCUUCUGCAAGCGAUUCAUGGAGUUAUGGAAUUGUCAUGUGGGAAGUAAUGUCAUAUGGAGAAAGACCAUAUUGGGAGAUGUCUAAUCAGGAUGUCAUUCUGUCCAUUGAAGAAGGAUAUAGGCUUCCAGCUCCCAUGGGCUGUCCAGCUGCCCUCCAUCAACUAAUGCUUCAUUGCUGGCAAAAGGAAAGAAGCCAUCGGCCAAAGUUCAUCGACAUUGUCAGCUUCUUAGACAAAUUGAUACGAAAUCCCAGCUCUCUUCAUACUUUAGUUGAGGAUGUACUAAUAAUGCCAGAUUCACCUGGCGAAAUUCCAGAAUAUCCCUUCUUUGUAUCAGUCAGUGAUUGGCUGGACUCAAUAAAAAUGGGCCAAUACAAAACUAAUUUCAUGGCAGCAGGGUACACAUCUAUGGAUCUUGUUUCAAGAAUGAGUAUUGAUGACAUUAGAAGAAUUGGAGUUGCUCUUAUUGGACAUCAGAGACGAAUAGUGAGCAGUUUACAGACUUUACGGUUACACAUGAUGCACAUACAGGACAAAGGAUUUCAUGUAUGA